ACUUUUUUAACGGAUACUUUCAAACUGAAACAGGCGCUGGUGCUUCAAUUUUUUCAUCUUCAAUCAAGAAUAAAAUCUAGGGUUAGGGUUAGCUAAAGAGGGUAAACCCGGAAAAUGGAAGGCUGGGACCCGAAUACGAAGUCGACGCUGACCCAGAUCCCGCUAUUGACGACGAAGGCGGGCCCCAGAGACGGAGCGGCAUGGACUCAGAGGCUUAAAGAGGAAUACAGAGCUCUAAUAGCCUACACCCAGAUGAACAAGUCCAACGAUAACGAUUGGUUCCGUAUAUCGGCAGCCAAUCCCGAAGGUACCCGUUGGACAGGCAAGUGUUGGUACGUCCAUAAUCUCCUUAAGUACGAGUUUGAUCUCCAGUUUGAUAUCCCCGUUACUUAUCCCGCCACUGCUCCCGAGCUUGAGUUGCCCGAACUCGAUGGCAAGACUCAGAAGAUGUAUAGAGGAGGGAAGAUUUGUUUGACCGUACAUUUCAAGCCACUUUGGGCAAAAAAUUGUCCUCGGUUCGGUAUAGCGCAUGCACUUUGUUUGGGACUUGCUCCAUGGCUUGCUGCAGAGAUUCCCAUUCUUGUGGAUUCUGGUAUGAUCAAGCAUAAGGAUGAUGCGACCACUUCGAAUGAGUCUUAGCAUUUCUUUUGUUGAAACGUUUAAGGUGUACCUUGAGUUUCAAAAAUAAAUGCUUAUACAAUUUUACAGAGUUUUUUUUUUUUUUGUUAAAGUGUCAAAUUAUCUGUCAAACUUCUCAAAAGUGUCAAAUUAUCUGUCAAACUUCUUGACUUUGUACUUUUAAAUGCACAUAUGAUCUGAUUUUUUUUUUUGAA